UCUUAAAAAUCAAGAAUUACAUCGAAGACCUCGUCACAUCCCCACUCUGACCGCUGCCAUCAAAUCCCCCGAACCCCUCCCUCCUGUCUCGUCUCCAGUAAUCGUUAAUCCCUCCCCAAAUUCUUGAUUACUGAGAGAUUUUCUCCCAACAUUUAUUGAUUUGCUCCCUCCCAAUUCCGAUUCUUGUUUUCGUCUUCCUCUUCCUCCCUUCCUUCUUUACCAUAUCAUCUUGGACUCAGUCCGUCCUGUGUUCUCCUAGUUUCCAUCGCCAUUGUUGCUCCUUCUCCUAUCUCUCUAUCUCUUAAAGCCUGCUUCUUUGGAGCUAGCUCGCCGCCAAUGCGCGUCCGUGCUCAUGGUCCCGCCAUUUCCUGCCCCAAAUCUCGUCCUUGCUACUCCCAGUUAAGACCUGCGGAUUCCGGCCGGUGGUACGCGCGUCAUCCGCGGUCGUAGAUCAUGAGGAGGGGAUCGUCAUGAUCGACUCUUCUUCUUGUCCAGCUCCCGGUUGCUGCUCCACUCCCAUGGAUUUCUUGGCCUGCCUCUGCAUCCUGCAGCUGCUGUAUCUAGCCUCUUCUGGCGUGGCGGCGCAGGCGGCCACGUCGCCGGCGAGGGCCCUGGACGCAAUGCUGCAGGACUAUGCGUACCGGGCCUUCGUGCGCCCGCACACCGGCAUUGUCUACAGCGCCACCGUGCCGCCCAACCUCACCGGCGUCGCCGUCUCGGCCGUCCGCCUGCGCAGCGGCAGCCUACGGAGGAAAGGGUUCGCUCACUUCUUGGAGUUCGCCGUCCCCACCGGCAUCGUCGUGCAGCCGUAUGUCGAGAGGGUGGUGCUCGUCUACCACAAUCUUGGCAAUUGGUCUCACUACUACUACCCGCUCCCCGGGUACACGUACCUCUCGCCGGUGCUCGGGUUGCUGGUCUACGACGCGGCCAACUUGUCGGCGGUGGGAUUGCAGGAGCUCAGUAUUGUCGCCUCCGGGAGCCCGAUUUCUAUAAGUUUCAGCAAUGUCAGAUCAGUGCCGGCAGACGGGCCAGCUCCCCGGUGCGUGUGGUUUGAUUUGGAUGGUGUGCCACAGUUCCGGGACUUAGAGGCAAGCAAUGUGUGUUCGACAUUUCGCCAGGGGCAUUUCGCAAUAGUGGUGAACUCCAGCGAGAUUGCUCCUGGUCCACUGCCUCCAGGCACCAUUACCCCUCCCAUACCGACUCAAGGAGUUCAUUCUAAGGGCAGCUCGAAGGGGUGGAAGAUUGCCGUCGGCGUUGUUGGGGGAGUGAUAGCAUUGGUGCUGUCGGCGUUGCUUGUGGUGUGCUUGGCGAGGUACAAAAGAGAUAGGAAAUUGGAGGUGAUGGAACGGAAUGCCGAGGCCGGGGAGACAUUGCGUAUGGCACAGGUCGGGAGGUCACAAGCGCCUGUGGCAUUGGGGACAAGAACACAACCGGUGAUUGAGAGUGAGUAUGUUGCAUAGCUGUUUUCUUGACAUUUCAGCAGAAUUCAGGCAACAAGGCUCACUAGUGAUGCCUAGAUGCAUGGAGUUGCCGUUCGGUCAGUAGCGGAUGCAACAAAUGUUCCAUAUCAAUGAGUGCAUCGCGAAUUGCUUGGUUGGCAUAGCCUCAAGCUCAUGCAGGCUCAAACAUACUCUUUUAAUUGUUUUGUUGGGAAGGUUAUUUGUUCUGCAAUGGCCCUGGUUGAUGUUCAUAGUGGGGAGCUCUUUUCAUCUCCAAGCAAGCAAUGGGGAAGAAAUGGUUGUGUCAGAUUUGGGAUCCCUUAUUUUUUGGAUUGCUGUAUUCAAAAGGAUUUGGGCUUGGCAAUAAAGGUGAGGGAUUCUAUUGUGCAUCACAUGGUGCUACUCCGGUGAAAUUCAUUUGAGCAUAUGUUCAAUUUCAUUUUGUAUGUGUUUUGGCUGAUCAUUUUUAGAGACAUUAUAAGAGAUGCAAAAUUGUACAUGUUUACUUGUUUGACUUAUUUUAACAUGCAGUUUGUAUGCAGUGACAACAUUCCAUUAUAUUAUUCGAAACAUCUGCAGUCCUAGCUGUAUAUCUUCUUGUAGGUCAGAUACUGUGUCCAAACUCUAAAGUAAUAAUGGAACU